UCGACAUUAGAAGAUUUCUUAGAGGCAAUCUGAUUGUAUUUUGUGUCAGUUUGGCACAAACACGAAUACAAGGCCUGAUUUUGUUACACUACAUCGCUAGAUGGGUUUUAUAACGUCUACGCUGGCUGACAUCUGUUUUCUACGUACUCGACGAUCCUGCAGGAUCCAUCAUGGGGAAAUCUAAACAAGUAGGAAACCACAAAAGUGACAAGAAGAAGAACAUUUCAAAGACAUGGAAGACAAAGCGCAGGACUAAAGACCUGGACCAGAUCCACUCGGACAUGAAGCCUGAGACAGCGGCCAAGCUGCUGCACCAGGAGGUGGACUACGAUGUGACAGGCUGUGCUCAACACUACUGCUUACACUGCGCGAGAUAUUUCGUGGAUAUGAGAUCCUUGAAAGAGCACUUCAAAAGUAAAGUGCACAAAAAACGGCUGAAGCAGCUCAGAGAGGAGCCCUACACCCAGGCAGAGGCAGAGAGAGCAGCAGGGAUGGGCUCCUACAUCCCUCCAAAAAAGGUUGAAGUGAAGACACAGCCUGUGGAAGAGGACAUGGACUGAGAGAU